AUGAACGCACGUAGUGUACAUGAUUAUGGUCGCCCGACACCGGUGGAUAUAAUUCAGCGAAGGGCGAUUUCACGCACAGCCCAAGGCAAACAGUACGCUGCAAGCACUCAUGUUAUGCCUCAGUUGGUAUCACCAAUAAAAUCGAUCCGAAAUAAUAAAGCCAGUUUGGUGAUAUUCGACAAGGAUGGCACUCUGAUUUGCUUCAACUCGAUGUGGGUGCCAUGGGCCGUGAAUAUCGCUAAAUCAUUAGUUGCAAAUACGAAACUAAGGAUUUCCGACGAAAUUUACAAAGUGUUAGGAUUUUGCGCAAUGGAGAAACGUGUUCGAUCCGGUCUGUUGGCCGAAGGGACUUUGGCGCAGAUCCGAGAUGCAAUCGCACGUUUGCUUAUCAGUCAUGGUAUUCAAGCGAAUGACGCACUUGGCUACAUCAAAAGAGCGAUAAUGGAUGCCGAGAUGAACUCACAGCCAACUGUAAAGCAGUUGACGAAUUUGAAAUUUUUGUUUGAACAGCUUCGCGAGAAUGGCGUCAAAAUUGCUGUUUGCACAUCGGAUAGCCGUCGAGGGACGAUGAAGACGCUGCAAACAUUAGGAGUUGAUGACUUCGUUGAUGUAGUGGUUUGCGGAGAUGAUGCUGGUGCAAGGCCCAAACCACAUCCCCAUAAUGCACUUUCAAUCUGUCGUUCGUUGGAUGUUGAUCCUCAGGAAACAAUUGUGGUUGGUGAUACCCUAGCUGAUAUGGGUAUGGGACGAUCGGCAAAUUUAGGAGGCACAGUGGGCGUUUUAUCGGGUAUUUGUGGAAAUGAUGAGUUGAGACCACAUGCCGACCAUGUUGUUCGUGAUGUAAGCGAAUUACUGCCAAUUGUUUUGGAUAUGCGGCGGUCAUCGUUAUUUUGA